AUGAAUUGUGUCAAAUCAUUCGACGUACAACAUGGAUUCAUGGUUAUUUUUGUCAGCGGUUGGAAUUGGAUAGAUAUAGGAGGCAUUGUCUUUUAUUUAGCUGCACUAUUUGCUCGAUCAUGUGGUGGUGAAGGCGCUUUCGCAGCGUCAAAGUAAGAUAUUCUUGGUUUUUUUAAAAUUUUCCUCAAUUGAAAACCGUUUGGUUGAUCAUAGAAAAUAAUAGUUACCAACGUUCAAAAAUAAGUUCAUCGAAAUUCAUUAGAAAGAUAAUUACUUAUCUAUUACGCAUAAUAGAGAAAACUGUAAAUCGUUAUUAUUUUUCCAAUGAAACUUCUUCUCUAUGUCAUAUGAAGUUUCAAUUCAUAUAUUGAGAUAUGUUAUGCCUUUACUUUUUCCAUUAAUCAAUGAUAAUAGGAACUAAUUGGCAAAAUGAUAAAAGAUUUUCUUUCGAUAAUAAAAAUGGCAUUUAUUAUAUAUUUUCGCAUAAGUUGCAUCAAGAAUAUUGUUUUUUUCGACAGUUCGUAGACCAAUUACUAUCCAUUUCAAAAUAAAAGGCGUGUGAUUGUGAGUUGAAUAACUCGAGAACGCAAACAGCUAGCGAGCUGCGGUUUUCACUGUUAGAAAGAGAACACUGGGGCACGUAAAUCUAUGGACAAAUUUCAUUGCUCAGUAAUUGAUCAAUAGGAUGAAAACCUACUGAACAUUUUUAACACAGUUUUUGAAACGUUUUUUUUUAUUGAAUUUUGAACUUCAAUUAAAUCAUUCGAUAGAAAAAAUCGUUCUCUUUCGAUCUACACAAGGCC